AUGUCGAAUGAUCCUCCCCCUCCUUAUCCUGGGGGCCCCACAGCCCCCCUUCUGGAGGAGAAAAGUGGCGCUCCGCCCACGCCAGGCCGCACCUCUCCAGCUGUGAUGCAGCCCCCGCCGGGCAUGUCGCUGCCCCCUGCAGACAUCGGCCCCCCUCCCUACGAGCCGCCCGGUCACCCGACACCCCAGCCCGGCUUCAUCCCUCCACACAUGAACGCGGACGGCACCUACAUGCCUCCAGGUUUCUAUCCUCCUCCGGGUCCCCAUCCACCCAUGGGCUACUACCCACCGGGGCCCUACCCACCUGGGCCCUAUGCUGGCCCUGGGGGCCACACGGCCACGGUCCUGGUCCCCUCAGGGGCUGCCACCACCGUGACAGUGCUGCAGGGAGAGAUCUUCGAGGGCGCGCCUGUGCAGACGGUGUGUCCCCACUGCCAGCAGGCCAUCACCACCAAGAUCUCCUACGAGAUCGGCCUGAUGAACUUCGUGCUGGGCUUCUUCUGCUGCUUCAUGGGGUGUGACCUGGGCUGCUGCCUGAUCCCCUGCCUCAUCAAUGACUUCAAGGAUGUGACACACACGUGCCCUAGCUGCAAGGCCUACAUCUACACGUACAAGCGCCUGUGCUGA